CAAGCUACUCCAUGCGUUCGGUUUACGACUAGCUUUGCAGCUCGCAUUUCGGCUUGCCUAGGAGGUUGGACAGGUUCCGGAGCCUUGGGCCGACGGCUUGCUUUUGCCCCACUAGACUGCUGGAAACGGAAGCCUUCGGGAAACAUACACUAACCAUGCAUCGGUUAUUGCAUUCGAUGCCGCUUGGCAUGGGCCAGCUGGAGCGGCCAAAUGGGUGCCACAUUUCCGGUUUGCGUAUUGGCGCGACGCACAGAACCAAACGCGCCAUCGGUGUGAAUUAUGCUUCGCCUGUCAUUUGCAACUCAGACGCGCGCGGCAGGACAAAAUGGUACGGCACUUACACGGAGGAGCAGUACCUUGCCCAGCGGCAAAGUGAGGAGCGAGAGAAAUGGGCUGCUAGCGUCAGAAGCCUCACCGGCAACCUCUCCCAGACCUCCUGGGAUGCCUCCCCCCUGGCUGACCCGCCAGCGCUUCUGGCGGGGGUAACUGUCGUACUGAUGUCACCACGCAAACCCGUCAGCGUGGGCACGGUGGCUCGCGCGUGCGGCAGCUUUGAGUGCGAGGACAUGCGCAUUGUGAUGCCGCGACAGGAUUCAUACAUCACACGCAGGCACGCCAAGAGUGCCAGCAAAGGGGCGCAGUACAUUUUGUACGGCGCUCGGCACUUCGAUUCCAUUGAGGAGGCAACUGCGGAUUGUGAUGUCCGCAUCGCCUUCACGCGCUGGUCUCAAGCCAGCUCACCCCAUGUGUACAAGGUGGACAUUAACGGUCUCACCAGCCACCCUGCCGUACGACGAGUCCUCACUCAGCCGUUGACCGCCGUUGACGGCGGCGCUAACAACGGUCCUGCCGUACAACCUUCAUCAUUUGCCGUACCUGGGGAGGCCGAGGCGGAGGGAGCAUCAUCUACACCUGGAACAGCAUCCUCCUCUUCGCCAUCAUCGUCAUCAUCAUCAUCAUCAUCAGCAGCAGCAGCAGCCAAUGCAGGGGAGGAAUCCAGACAUGUUGGGGAUCUCGGGCAAACCGUCAGAAGCAGCUGCUGCGGCGGCGGCACCAGCAGUACUAGCACUAGCAGCAGCAGCGCUAGCAGCAGCAUGGAUCAAGACUCCUCUACAAGCAGCAGUAGCAGCAGCACGUCUGGCCAGCAGCCACCCCAGCAGCUGCCCACUUCUGGGUCCCCUGCCCCCGCUGCCCCCAAGAUCGCGCUGGUGUUUGGUCGCGAGGAGUUGGGGAUGAGCGAUGAGGAGGUGGAUGGUUGCGAGGUGUGCUGCUCGGUACCCAUCGGAAGGCUGCAGGAGUCUCUCAGCUUAUCUCACGCGGUCAGUAUUGCUCUGUGUGCGCUCUACCAAACCCGACUGCAGUUCCUCACAAGCAGCAGUAGCAGCAGCGGCAGUGUGAGCAGCAGCAGCAGCAGCAGUACCGAUAGCGCCCCUAGCAGAGGCUGCUGCAGUCCUGGUAGCAGCAAUAGCAGCAGCAAUAGCAGCAGCAGCAGCCAUAGCAGCAGCACUGGGGAAGGAGUUCGACCCGAGGAUGUGGCUGCCCCCUAUUCCUCUUCAGGCUUGGGCUCGUAUACAGCAACAACAGCAGCAGCAGCAGCAGCAGCAGGAGGAGGUGGGGUAACGGCAGGAACGGCUGUUGCGGUGACAGCAGAGGAGGCCCCGCCGGGUGUCGGGAAGAUGAACCGGCGCUACGUGGUUGACCCGAGUACGGGUGCCAUUCGAGUGGCUGCCAACCCAUAGGAGAUGACCCAUGGGUCAUGCCGGUCAUGGCCGUCAUGCCAGCGACAUUUAAAGCUGUACGGUCUUGACAAACGCGAUCGUAAUAAAGCGAUGUAUUAAGAAAACUAGUGCGCUAGUGUAUAUGCGUGUUGCUUGGGUGCAUGAAGAGUGAAGUGGCUUAGAUUGCUGAAACCUGUGGGGGUGAUGAUGGCGCAGGUGAUCCGAGGAGUUGCGGUUUUCAACUCUCUUUAAAAUAGGAGAGGUUCAAGCUGUCGGGUGCGGAGGGGGCCUCGUGAGGGGGGACGUGGGCGCUAUCCAGGCGCACAACAUACUCGUUGGGCAGCUUUCUCGAGCUUGGGGCCGCGAACAACUGCCAACUGGUAAUUGACAGCUGGCAUGGGACAGGAAG